AUGGCCUCCCGGCGGCCACCCUUCCGCCUCUUUGCGCAGUGCACGUCUCGCAAUCAAUUCAGCGGCUUUCCCUUCCUCAACGCCAAUUGGAGCUCUCGGAGAGCAUUGUCACGCUUCCCAUGUUCCGGAACGUCCAGUGAAGCUUCCACGCGACUAAACUACCUCGGCUGGGCAGUUGCCGGCCUUUUGGUAGCGGUGCCUUUGACCUACAAGAUGGCCAUCGACGAACCCCUCAAGUUGGAUAUCCCGACCCUCGCCGAGCGUGACCAGCAGCUAAAGUCGGAGCAAGGCGUCUCCGAACUCUCGCCCAUGCGUCUUCGCAUGGAGAAGUUUGCCAAGGAGCAGCAAAGGGCCAUCGUGCGGGCGCUAGAAGAGGUGGACGGCACCAAGUUCCGGGUGGACGAGUGGCAGCGCAAGGAGGGCGGGGGCGGCAUCACAUGCGUGCUGCAAGACGGCAAGGUAUUUGAGAAGGCCGGCGUCGGUGUCAGCGUUGUCUACGGCACCCUGCCGAAGCCGGCCAUCUUGAAAAUGCGCGCAAACCACAAGAAUAUUGCCGAUGAGAGCAACAUACCUGACAGCCUAGAGUUCUUCGCCGCCGGGAUCAGCCUCAUCGUGCAUCCCAAGAACCCCAUGGCGCCCACGGUGCAUCUCAACUACAGAUACUUCGAAACAGCCAACCCAGACGGCUCUCCGGGCGCCUGGUGGUUCGGCGGCGGCUGCGAUCUGACGCCGUGUUACCUCUUCGACGAGGACGCUAUACAAUUCCACAAAUCGCUCAAGGAGGUGUGCGACAAGCAUGACAAAGACUACUAUCCGAGGUUCAAAAAGUGGUGCGACCAGUACUUUUACAACAAACAUCGCGGCGAGUCGCGCGGCAUCGGCGGCAUCUUCUUCGACGACCUCGACGAGUCAGUGUCGGACAGGGAGAACCUGUUUGCCUUUGUUCAGGACGCCCUCGAGUCAUUUGUGCCGACGUAUGUGUCAAUCGUGAACAAGCGCAAGGACAUGUCGUUUACCGAGAAGGAGAAGGAGUGGCAGCAGAUCCGCAGGGGCAAGUACGUCGAGUUCAACCUGGUGCAUGACCGGGGGACGGCGUUCGGGCUGAACACGCCCGGGGCGAGGGUAGAAAGCAUUUUGAUGAGCUUGCCCCUGACGGCGAGCUGGAGGUACAUGCACGAGCCGGAGCCGAAAAGCAGGGAGGCGCGAUUGGUCGAAGUGCUUCAAAAUCCCAAGGAGUGGGUAUAG